UUAACAUUCUCAAAACAUAGACACCAUUCAUUCACCUUAUCGAAUAGUGAAUGAUGAAAGCUUGACACAAACAAUUUCUUCUACAAAAACAACAGAUAGAAGCAAUUGGUGUCUGAAGAAAUGCAAGCUGUGGGAUUAGGUCUUGAUGAGAACGAUUACUUAUCAUGCUGUGGAAGCACAAAAUGGGCCAAGGAAAUGGCUUCAAAUUCUCCUUUCCCUAAUUACCAUCGUGCCCUUUCUGUUUCCAAACAAAUUUGGUUAAACAAACUUGAUAUCAAUAGUUGGCUACAAGCUUUCUCUGCUCAUCCUUCCAUUGGUCAAACUAAUGCUCCUUCUCAUGCAUCUCAAACCAGUGCUCAGUGGAGUAGGGGAGAGCAAUCAACUGCUUUAGCAACUGCUACUGGUUCUAAAUUACAGGAACUAGCUGAAUGGAAUGCUCGGUAUAUGGAAAAGUUUGGGUUUGUAUUUCUCAUAUUCGCAUCUGGUAUAAGUACUGAUGCUAUACUUGCUGAAAUAAAGAAACGCUAUACAAACAGACCAAUUGUUGAAUUGGAGAUUGCAUCUCAGGAGCAAAUGAAAAUUACAGAAAUUCGCCUUACAAAGCUCUUUACAAGUAAAAAAAACAUAUCUUCUACAACUGAUAGGAAUACCACUGUUGCUAGAAAUGCAGAAGAAGUUCGUGUAAACGUUAUUGGAGGUCAUGUGACUGCUGCUCCAGACACUUUAUCAGGAACGUCCAUCCGAAAUUCAUCUAGAACCCGCCCACCCAUUACCACUCACGUGUUGGAUAUUUCGCGGGGUUAUCCAGCUUCCGGUAUUGAGGUAAUUUUGGAGAUAUGGAAGGGAAACCAACCUCGUCCGCCAUUUGGGACUACAAAUAGUCCCGGUUGGGUUUUUAAAGGGUCUUCGAAGACAGAUUCAGACGGUCGUAGUGGUCAACUGAUUGACAUAGUUGAUGAUGCUGAACCAGGGAUAUACAGGUUAAGUUUCAACACCGGAAAGUACAAUCCAAACGGUUUCUUUCCUUAUGUAUCUGUUGUGUUUGAAAUUUUCGAGUCACAAAAGAAGGAACAUUUUCACGUUCCUUUGUUGCUUUCGCCAUUUUCAUUUAGCACUUACCGUGGAAGCUAAAAGAAAUAUGGGAAAUGUUGCCAUAUCACUGCAUUCCUUAGAUGUCAUGAAUAUCUCAGUUUUCAUCAAGUGAACUUUGUGUUUGUGCCAAUGGAACAUGAGAAAGUUACCAAAUAAUUGAUGUUUAGUUUUAAAAAGAUAAUCAAGUGUUUAAUUGGUAAUGUUUGCUUAUGUAUGAUAUCAGUACUUAUGGAUUAUUACUUCCUUUGUCUCUAAUUAUAAGACAUUUUUGCAAAUUUUGUUUGUGCACAAAUAUAAGACUCUUUACAUAUCAAUGGCAACAAGUAUAUGUAAGAAAGAAAGUGUUGAAACUGUUCUUUGUAUAUGGCUGAAGCUCUUUGAUGUAAGAAAGAAUGUGAGUUCAACUCCUACAA